AUGGGGGUAUCUUUCUCGGUGGCCCAUUUAUCUCCCUCUGUCACCAUCAGUGGCAGCUCUAAUAACUCCUAGGCAGGUAUUGAAAAAAACCAGUGCGUGUCUGGUGUCACUGUUCAGUUGGAGAUGAGGAGCCUUUGGGAGGAAUUCAACAGCCUUGGCACUGAAAUGAUUGUCACCAAGGCAGGGCGGAGGAUGUUCCCUACUUUCCAGGUCAAGAUAUCCGGCAUGGACCCCUUGGCUGACUAUGUGCUGCUCAUGGACUUCGUGCCUUUGGAUGACAAAAGAUACCGGUACGCAUUUCACAACUCUGCUUGGUUGGUAGCUGGCAAGGCAGAUCCUGCUACACCUGGCCGGGUUCAUUUCCACCCUGACUCUCCAGCCAAGGGAGGCCAGUGGAUGAGGCAAAUCGUCUCCUUUGACAAGCUCAAACUCACCAACAACUUGAUGGAUGACAACGGCCAUAUCAUCCUGAAUUCCAUGCACAGAUACCAGCCCCGAUUCCACGUGGUGGUGGUAGAUCCACGCCCAGACUGUGAGCGUUAUGCCCAGGAGAAUUUCAAAUCCUUCAUUUUCACUGAAACUCAGUUCAUGGCAGUGACAGCUUAUCAGAACCACCGGAUCACACAGUUGAAAAUUGCUAGUAACCCAUUUGCAAAAGGGUUCCGAGAAUGUGAACCAGAUGAGUGGUAAGUCUCCUUGGCCCCACUACUGUCAGGAUUUACAAGCAGCCAUCAUCUCCCUCCUUCCCUCCUCAGAGAAACUUCUCAGCUCCAGCAUCCACCCCUGGUGACACCUGCCGGUCUCCCAGAUAUGUGCAUUGCUCGACGGCCCUUGAACGAAGCACCCGGGGCCUUGCCCUAUAAGCACCUCUCCUAUCACAGCAUUUAUGUGGGAGCCCGCUCACGGGGAACACCAUAUGCGCUCCCCAGCAACCGGGCUACUAGUUUCCACACUCUCAACAUCUACACAGCUGGUGGCUAUGAACAAUGA